AUGUAUAGCCCUCCAGUGGAUCUCUCAUUCAAAGACAUCAGCAGUGUAACAGGUGCGCUGGCGGAGGCACCCAGAAGUGGUCUGCGCCCUCUAAAAUCCAACUCCAAGGGGAAGUAUUCGAGCCGCAGUUUCCGUCUCAGUUACAACAACAUCCCCGACCUGUUCGGCCUCCAGCUCAUGCUCGGACACUUUCUGGCUCAACCGUUGAAGCUCGGCUGGCUUGACCUCUCGUUCAACAAAAUCACAUGCAUAGAGCUGGUUUUGUGCGAGCUGCGAGAACUGCGUGUCUUGUACCUUCACGGCAAUGCCAUCUGGAACCUGCCAGAGGUAGACAGGCUGGGGGAGCUGCCGUAUCUGCACAGCAUCACGCUUCAUGGAAAUGCCAUCGAUACAAACAAAAACUACAGGAAUCGUGUGAUUUCUGCCCUGCCUCAUCUGAAGAAGCUGGAUCACAGUGCUGUAACUUGUGACGAGUGA